AUGGCCCGUACCAAGCAAACCGCCCGUAAGUCCACUGGAGGAAAGGCUCCUCGUAAGCAACUUGCUUCCAAGGCUGCUCGCAAGUCCGCCCCUUCUACCGGUGGUGUCAAGAAGCCCCACAGAUAUAAGCCAGGAACUGUCGCUCUCCGUGAGAUCCGUCGUUACCAAAAGUCGACUGAGCUCCUCAUCCGAAAGCUCCCCUUCCAACGUCUGGUUCGUGAGAUUGCCCAGGACUUCAAGUCUGACCUUCGUUUCCAAUCUUCCGCCAUCGGUGCUCUUCAAGAGUCUGUCGAGGCCUACUUGGUCAGCUUGUUCGAGGACACCAACUUGUGCGCUAUCCAUGCCAAGCGUGUCACCAUUCAAUCCAAGGACAUCCAACUCGCCCGCAGACUGAGAGGAGAGCGAUCUUAG